UAAGAUACUCUCCAUUCCAGAUCCAGGGGGAUAAAAAGGCCCCUUUCUUGGUCUCUUUGGAUAUCCAUCCGCUCGCUGCUCUCUUAUCCUUAAAAUCUUCUCCUUCAUGUGGCUUUCUUAACUUUCUUUGCUGGAAAGAGUUCUUCUCUUCUAACCCUUCUCUUAAUUUGCUCUCUCUCCACUCUGAUAUCAGAUACAGAAACUAAGAGAGUGAAGCCAGCAAGUGCACAAAGCUAUAAGGUGUGUAUAUGAUUAAGAGAGAUAGAGAGAAGAGAGAAAGAGAGAGGAGAAACUAAGACAUGGCAUUAGAAGCUGUAGUGUACCCACAAGAGCCAUUCGGCUAUGGCAGCUUCAAGGAGCUGUACAGCUUGGGGGGUCUAGCUUCUGGUUGGGGCUAUGGCGAUGGCUUUGAUUUGGAAGAAGAAGACAAGCCUCUUGUUGGGAUUUCGGGUAAGAAUAUGGACCAUGUCCUAAACCCGAAUCCGGACACCUCAUCUUCUUCAGCCUUGCAAAAUAUGACGGAGCAUUCACAUUUGGACCUCAAUCCUUCCCCUGAGCAGGCCUGGACGGCUCCCAUGGAAGCGCCGGAGACUAGCUCGGGCCGCCGGAAGCGCCGGCGUACCAGAAGCUGCAAGAACAAGGAGGAGCUGGAAAACCAGCGGAUGACCCACAUUGCAGUCGAGCGCAACCGCCGCAAGCAGAUGAACGAGUACCUCUCCGUUAUCCGCUCUCUCAUGCCUCCUUCCUAUGUUCAAAGGGGCGACCAAGCUUCGAUUAUUGGGGGCGCCAUAAAUUACGUGAAAGAGCUCGAACAGAUGCUUCAAACACUGGAAUCUGAGAAGAGGACUAGCAGUACUGCUAGUGCUAGAACUCAACAGCCCAACAAUGGCUUCCCGCCGCUGUUCGCCGACUUCUUCACCUUCCCCCAGUACUCAACAUGCCCCAACAGUUCGUCGGUGAAUACGGAUGAGGCGGGGGAGAACCGGCCGGCGGCCAUGGCGAACAUAGAGGUGACGGUGGUUGAGAGCCAUGCGAACCUGAAGAUUCUAUCGAAGAGGCGGCCGAGGCAGCUGCUGAAGAUGGUGGCCGGGCUUCAGUGCCUCCGGCUCACUGUUCUUCAUCUCAACGUCACCACAGUCGAUCAAAUGGUUCUAUACUCUCUCAACGUUAAGAUUGAAGAUGGGUGCCAAAAGAGUACAGUAGAUGAGAUCGCUGACGCCGUUAACCACUUGCUAGGAAGAAUCGAAGAAGAAGCUGCUUUGAGCUGAAAUGAAACCCUAAAGACAGUUUUGCUCUGAUGGGUUAAUUAAUUAUCCUCUCUUUUUUUUUUUUUUGCUCUUCUUUUCUUUCGGGAUGUUAGAAUGACUUUCAGUGGUUUUGUUCUCUUUUCUUUAUCUUUUUGUGAUCUUCUGGAAUAUUCUGUACAACAUUUUAACUUUUUAAUUCCACUUCCAUGUUCAUCA